CUCUGUCUCUCCUCCUCCUCCUCCUCCUGCUGCUUCUCCUCCCCGGGUGGAUGGCGGCGGCCAGAGUUGGAGUCCCAGCCGCGCUGCCCAGACCACAUAUCUGAUUCAUUGGCAAGACCACAAUCUGAUCCCAAAGAUGUGCUCCACAAAUCCAGGCAAUUGGGUCACAUUUGAUGAUGACCCUGCUUUUCAGUCUUCUCAAAAGUCAAAGAAUUUCCCUCUGGAGAAUCAAGGCAUUUGUAGACCAAAUGGACUUAAACUGAACCUUUCUGGUACUAAGGAAUUUCCCAGUGGAUAUUCCUCCACCAGCAGUACCCCUCUCUCCUCUCCCAUCAUAGACUUUUAUUUCAGUCCAGGACCUCCAAGUAACUCUCCUCUUUCUACACCUACCAAAGACUUCCCAGGUUUUCCUGGCAUCCCCAAAGCAGGGACUCAUGUGCUUUAUCCUAUUCCAGAAUCAUCUUCAAAUAGUCCAUUUAUACCUGGAGCAGGUUCUUCCUUAUUGCCUACUAAACCAACCUAUUUAUCCCAUGCUUCCUUACUCAGUGACCACUCAUGUAUACAUCCAGCUCCCAAAGUGGGUCUUCCAGAUGAAAUGAGCCCUCACCAGGCUGAAAGCCUAGGGUUCCAAAGUGAUACUCCCCAGUUUCAGUAUUUUCAGGAGGACUGUGCCUUUUCAAGUCCAUUUUGGAAAGAUGAAAGCAGUGCUUCCCAGCUCACCUUUGACCCUCCAGGAAGCAGAAAGAUGGUCCCAUCAAGAGACAAAGAGAUGCCUAUUGAUCAAAAAGGCUUAAAUCAAUGUUCACUCAACUACAUCUGUGAGAAACUUGAACAUCUCCAAUCAGCUGAGAACCAAGACUCAUUUGGAAAUUUGUCUACACAGUAUCUGUAUGCUGAAGAUGCUGCCUCUUCCUUUGUCCCCCACAUGCUCUUCAGGAGUCAGCCAAAAGCCGGAUGGUCUUUCAUGUUGAGAAUUCCUGAGAAGAAGAACAUGAUGUCUUCCCGUCAGUGGGGGCCAAUUUUUCUAAAAGUCUUACCUGGAGGAAUUUUGCAAAUGUAUUAUGAGAAGGGGUUAGAAAAACCAUUUAGAGAGUUACAGCUCAAUCCAUACUGCAGGCUUUCUGAACCCAAAGUUGAGAACUUUAGUGUGACAGGAAAAAUCCAUACUGUGAAGAUUGAACAUGUGUCUUACACAGAAAAAAGGAAAUACCAUUCUAAGACAGAAGUAGUUCACGAACCAGACAUAGAACAAAUGCUAAAGUUGGGAUCCACAGAGUACCAUGACUUCCUUGACUUUUUGACCAGUGUGGAGGAGGAGCUGAUGAAGCUGCCAGUUGUUUCAAAACCAAAGAAGAACUAUGAGGAACAAGAAAUUUUCCUUGAAAUUGUGGACAACUUUUGGGGUAAAAUCACUAAAGAAGAAGGAAAAUUGAUUGAAAGUGCUGUGAUAACUCAAAUCUGUUGCCUCUGCUUUGUGAAUGGGAACACAGAAUGCUUUUUAACCUUGAAUGACUUUGAACUGCAGAAGCGAAAUGAAUGCUAUUUUGAAAACGACCCAGAAAAGAAGGGGAUUGAUAUUCUUGACUAUCAUUUUCAUAAGUGUGUGAAAGCACAAGAAUUUGAGCAAUUAAGAAUCAUUAAGUUUGUACCUCUGGAUGCCUGCCGGUUUGAGCUGAUGCGUUUCAAGACUUUGUAUAGUGGGGAGGAUCUUCCCUUUUCCCUGAAGUCUGUAGUGGUUGUCCAGGGGGCGUAUGUGGAGCUUCAGGCCUUUGUCAACAUGGCCCCGUUGGUCCAGAGACCAUCCUUGAGGUCCUGCAACAACAUAAUGAUACACUUUCCUGUUCCGUCGCAGUGGAUCAAGGCCUUCUGGACCAUGAACCUCCAGAGGCAGAAGUCCCUGAAAGCCAAAAUGAACCGACGGGCAUGUCUGGGGAGUUUACAUGAACCUGAAUCUGAACCUGUCAUACAGGUCACUGUGGGGUCAGCAAAAUAUGAGAGUGCCUACCGGGCCGUCGUAUGGAAGAUAGAUCGGCUUCCUGAUAAAAAUUCAAGUCCUGAUCACCCCCAUUGUUUGUCAUACAAACUAGAACUUGGAUCAGACCAAGAAAUUCCCUCUGAUUGGUAUCCAUUUGCUACUGUUCAGUUUGGGAUUCUUGACACCUAUGCCUCAAGGACAGAGGUCAGGUCUCUGGGGGUGGAGAGUGAUGUCCAGCCACAGAAACAUGUUCAUCAGCGAGCCUGCUACAACAUCCAGGUUGAAAUAGAAAAGAAGUGGAUUAAAAUCGAUGGAGAAGACCCAGAUAAAGCUGGUGACUGCGUAACUCAGUAGGAGUGUGGCAAGAGUCAGUGAUGACGACCCGCUUUCCAGAUACGUAAUUCACGGAAACCACACAAAGUUCUGCUACUGUGGAGUGGAAAUGACAGGUCCAGUGGUUACGUUUAGAGAAGUUUAGACCUGCAACGGAACCAUCUGUACUUUAUGCUUUUGAUAUGUUUGUGCCCUGGGGGUGUGAUCUAAACUGUGUCUAUAAUUUUCAUGAUGUUUUUGUUUCCUAGUGAAACUCAAAGGCACUAUUAUUGUGACCUGACAGCCACUUGGCCAAAGCAUUUUUGAUUUUUGAUUUCUUGGUGGCUGAUUGUUUUGCCCUCUGGGUUACCUGGGGC